GCAAAGAUAAACAUAAUGCCGACUUGUGGACCAUCAGAUACCCAGCACUCCCGUCGCCACCGAUGAGCAUCUAGAGCAGAGCAUCCCGGCUCUCAUAAUCCCGUCGAUAUCAUUCGUAGCCGUCACAAAUUUCGAAAUCAACCUCGCUGCUCCGUCGUCAUCACGCGUCGCUGGCCCACUCUGGAUGGCCCAGCCAAGUCCCCCAGCCGGGCGGGACAACCAUGAACAACGCCGCACGCCGCGUACGCUGGCCGAAUUUCGCCUGCAAGAAGGCAGAGAGAACAGGAAACGUCGCCUAUUGGCCUUGUGGCGACACAUCCGAGUGCGUGGAUAUAACUUUGAUCGGGAACCCAGCGCGAAAGCACUAGGAAAAGCCCCCGACUCGACUGAAAAUGCGAAGAAACUGCGAGCUGCAUAUGAACACGAGCUCCUGGGGAGGGUAGGAGGGUGGAAGCAGUUCGUUGAGUAUGCCGAGGCCAAGGAAGUUGAACUCUGGACAAUAUUUCAUGACGAGCUUGACUUGGACCGGAAUGGCCACCUGGAACCGGAAGAACUAGAAUUAGCACUACGAAAAGCGGGAAUCACAUUAUCUCCAAACACACUAUCGGAAUUCAUGACAUACUUGACAUCCUCUCCCCAAUCUCGGAUAGUAACAUUUGCUGAAUUCCGAGACUUUCUCCUUUUGCUCCCCCGGAAAAUCUCUACGACUGAGAUUUACAAGUACUACGAGAUGAACAAGUUUCUCGGAGAUGAUGGCAAAGGCGUGGCCCGUGUCACCAUGGAAGGUGAUGUCAGCUUAAGCGCCGAGGACAAACCUCCAGACGGUCCCAGCAAAACGGUACCAACCACACAAGUACCAGCCAUACCCCAACCCCUUCCUCCUGUACAGACAACCUACGUCGAACAUGAGGAAGAACAAGAAGACGAUGAUGACGACGCUUUUGAUGACAGCCAUGGUUGGCUCGAAGGGCGCACAGCUCUCAAAUUCCUGUUAGCUGGAGGCAUUGCCGGUGCAGUCUCCCGGACAUGUACCGCACCUUUUGAUCGACUCAAAAUUUUCCUUAUCACCCGUCCACCCGAUCUCGGUGGAGCUUCGCGAGCACAGGCAGGCGGUGCGAACGUCCUAGGAUAUGCUGUGCGACAGAUAUACUCCGAGGGCGGCGUGUUCGCGUUCUGGACAGGCAAUGGGCUGUCCGUUGCUAAGAUAUUCCCCGAGUCUGCGAUCAAGUUCUUCGCGUAUGAGUCUGCUAAACGUAUGUUUGCGACGUACUGGGAUCAUGUUGACGAUCCUAGGGAAAUUAGUGGCGUCAGUCGUUUUCUUUCGGGUGGGAUUGGCGGAAUAAGCAGUCAGCUGUGUAUAUACCCAGUCGAGACGCUCAAAACUCAAAUGAUGAGCAACACAGGAACGCGACGGACAUUAAUGUCCGCAGCGCGUCAUGUAUGGAAGCUUGGAGGGUUUCGAGCUUACUACCGUGGCCUAACGGUUGGUCUUGUUGGUGUUUUCCCGUACUCCGCUAUCGACAUGUCAACCUUUGAAGCACUCAAACUGGCGUACCUGCGUUCCACCGGCAAAGAUGAACCGGGAAUGCUUGCACUGUUGGCAUUUGGGAGUGUGUCAGGGAGUGUGGGUGCUACGAGCGUGUACCCGAUGAAUUUGGUGAGGACGAGGUUGCAAGCGUCUGGAAGCUCGGGGCAUCCUGAACGGUAUACGGGUGUGUUUGAUGUUGCGAGUAAGACUUGGGCGAGAGAAGGUUGGAGAGGGUUUUAUCGGGGCUUGUUUCCGACUCUGGCAAAGGUCGUUCCAGCAGUCUCGAUAUCCUAUGUUGUCUAUGAGCAUAGUAAACGAAGACUUGGUGUUUAAGAUAUAUAUAUUAUUUUUACUCUUAAUCUUCCGUAGAUCAAUUGCCUUGCAUAUACAUGUAUUUAUUGAGCCAAGCAUUACCAUUGUCGUCGCAUCUUCCAGGACACUUGG